AUGGCUCAGAGAAAAGGACGAGGUGGGCUGCAGCAGCGAGCUACAGAGCACCAACCCAACGCGAGACGGUCAAUGGUCGCGUGUAACCGAUGCCGCAACAGAAAGACCCGGUGUGCUGGCAACCCACCUUAUCCAUGUGCUGCAUGCGCAGAGGUGGGCCAUAAGUGUGUCUACUCGGAAGCUGAGAAGCGCGUCUCGAUUCCCGAAAGCUACUUUCAUCAACUUCGCGCUCAGGCUCAGGCCAGCCGUCGAGAUGAAGGUCGCCCUCCAUCUCUCCCUAAUCCCCCUGCAGCCAUCCAGAGCAGUUCCUACAAUAAUGUGGAAGUGCCUCCUCUCGAGCGAGAUGACUGGUGGUACAAUGAGACCGGUCAUGUCUUCUUGAAUCGGUCAGGAGAGCAUCAUUAUGUUGGAGCAUCUUCCACCACCCAUUUGGCGAAACGCCUAAAUCCCUCAUCAACCAAUUUAGCAUUGGAUAUGCGCCCAUUGUAUGAUGAUCCUUUGUCUCUGCGUCGCUCAGCUCCUCGGGUUCUACCCCAACUGCCCCCCUUCGAGUACGCCAAACGACUCUACUGGGUACAGUAUGUCUAUAUUGGGACAAUAUUUUCCUUGAUUCAGCCCCAUGAUUUCGAAGAGCGGCUCCACUUCGUUUACAGCCAACCUCCCGAUGCACUCAAUCGAGAGUCGUGUCUAGUAUACUGCCAGGUGUUACUGGUCAUAGCCUUCGGUCUGAUGUAUUCGGUGAACCAGUGGUCCGGAGAUGACGGGCCUCCUGGGUUCAAAUAUUUCAAACAUGCGUUGCGCUUCUUACCCGACAUUCACGAGGAAGGCUCUAUCUUCUUUGUGGAGGUUCUUUGCUACGUUGCGUAUUAUAUGCAGAAUCUCAAUCGUCGAGACGCUGCAUUUCUUUAUAUCGGCCUUGCUCUUCGCAUGGCUAUUUCACUGGGUCUUCACCAGGAGGUCCUUGACCCAGAGGUUAGUGAAGAAGAUCGGAAUCGUCGUCGGCGGGCUUGGUGGUCGGUGUAUAGUCUGGAUCGACUUCUGUCCGUCAAAUCUGGUAAUCCGAUCACGAUCCACGAUGAGGAUAUAGGGACAACAUGGCCGCAGCCCACGAGCGCAACCGAGGUGGUCCCUUGGCCAUCGGUCGUCCUCACCUACUAUACACAGUUGUCUCGGAUAUUGGGUAGGAUAGGCGAAGAAAUCUAUCGCAAGAAGCCACGGUCUGGCUCCAACUUGCUUGUGUCUGUGCAGAGUAUUACAGAUGAGCUUUCGGACUGGCUGCGACGAAUACCUGAUCGUCUCCGUAUCGACUUCUCCACCCUAAGUACUCACAUUAAUCGGGAGUCGGUCUCGAUAUUCUUGCACUUUUAUUCCUGUGUCAACAUGACCGCACGGCCUUUAGUCUUCUAUGUGAUUCAACGCCGGCUCGAUGCUGAAGAUAAAGGGUCUGCGACCGUGGACUGGAAGGAAGGGCUAUCGCAGAACACCGUGGCGGUGAUUGAGAGCUGUGUGGCAGCAGCUCGAGCCACCACCCUUAUAAUGGAUGCAGCAGCGAAGCACAAUUUGGUUGCCACAUACGGCUAUCUAGACGGAGAGUACAUCUUUUCUGCCGCACUUUUACUUGUGAUGGUCAAUGCCGCAUUCCCAUACAACGCUGCUAAUGCCCGAGCGAUGGAAAUAUCGAUUAAUUUGCUUCGCAGCAUGGCUGACCGGGGCAACACCAACCUGGCUGCUCGUCACUCCCUCCUUCUUGAAUUACGAUCGUCUAUUGGUCAGAAGAGCUCCAAGCAAGGAGACGCUGCGGGUGUGCCCGUUACUCCCAGUAGCACACAACAGCCAACGCCGUCACAGAAUGCAGUCGAUCACCCGACGGGGGAGGCUACAUGGACCCCACAGCAAGACAUCCCCUCGAUGCAGGAAAUCUCGUUUAACUUUGAUGUCAACGACGAUCCUGGGCUGUGGGAGGAGCCAUUGAUACCCUUGUCCCUUUUCUUCUUGUUCUGCUCACUCCUCCCCCUCUCCUCUUCAUCCUUCUUCACCCUAACCUUCAUCAUGCCCGGGUCAGACAAGAUCACCAUCUCCAUCGAUCGCGGUGGUACCUUCACUGACGUCCACGCCGUGGUCCCGGGUCGCCCCGACAUCAUUCUCAAACUACUUUCCGUCGACCCCGGUCACUACCAAGAUGCUCCGACGGAGGGAAUUCGCCAGAUUCUUGAGCUCGUCACCGGCGAGUCACACCCGCGCGGCCAGCCCUUGAAACUUGAUCGCAUUGGGAGCUUGCGCAUGGGAACCACAGUCGCUACAAAUGCACUGCUGGAGCGUAAGGGUGCGCGGUCCGUGCUCCUCACCACCAAGGGCUUCCGUGACCUACUGAAGAUUGGCGACCAAUCACGACCAAACAUCUUCGAUCUCUCAAUGGCUAGACCCGGAGUUUUGCCUGAGCAAGUGGUUGAAAUUAACGAGCGUGUCGUACCAUGCCACCCCCUCGCCGACAAGGACUGCUUUCAGAAUGCUCGCAUAGUGGAGGGAACAACAGGUGAAAAGUUCCGGGUGGUACAAGAACUAGACAUUGAGGAGGUGCGCCCGGUAUUACAACAGUUGAAGGAGAAGGGUUACCAGUCCCUUUCGGUUGCUCUCGUCCACUCGUUCGCCUAUCCUGAGCACGAGCGCCUCAUCGGGGAGCUGGCUGAAAGCAUGGGCUUCUCGGUCACCUUGUCAUCCAAACUCCAGCCCAUGAUCAAGGUGGUUCCCCGAGGCAUGUCUGCGGCCGCAGAUGCUUAUCUGACACCUGUCAUCAAAACCUACAUUGACUCGAUUUCGGCUAGCUUCGAGGGCGGGCUCGAGAAGCAGCACGAAUGCCGAUUUGAGUUUAUGCAGUCCGACGGUGGGCUGGUCGACUUUCGCAGAUUCAGCGGGCUGAAAGCGAUCCUGUCGGGCCCUGCUGCCGGUGUGGUUGGUUUUGCUGCGACGAGCUGGGAUCCUCAGGAGAAGACCCCAGUGAUCGGGUUCGAUAUGGGAGGCACAUCAACCGAUGUGUCGCGAUUUGACGGUCACCUCGAGCACGUCUUCGGAUCCAAGGUGGCCGGUGUUCUCAUUCAGUCUCCUCAGCUCGACAUCAACACUGUCGCUGCCGGCGGUGGUUCUAUUUUGUCGUGGCGCAACGGUCUCUUCUACGUCGGUCCUGAAUCGGCGUCAGCUCAUCCGGGCCCUGCCUGCUACCGCAAAGGCGGUCCUCUGACCGUUACCGACGCCAACCUGUUCCUCGGCCGACUGCUCCCGGAAUACUUCCCUCACAUCUUUGGACCUAAUGAAGACCAGCCUCUUGACAUUGAGAUCACGACUAAGCUGUUCAACGAGCUGACGCAAAAGAUCAAUACCGAGAGAAAAGAAAAGGGCCAAUCUGAGUUCACAGCGGAGGAGGUGGCACUAGGUUUCUUGAAGGUUGCGGAUGAGUCGAUGGCCCGCCCCAUUCGCAACCUGACGGAAGCUCGCGGUUUCGAAACUGCAUCCCACCACCUGGCAUGCUUUGGCGGUGCUGGUGGUCAGCACGCGUGUACCGUUGCAGCGUCCUUGGGAAUUUCCCGCGUUAUCAUCCACAAGUUCUCAUCUGUCCUUUCGGCGUAUGGUUUGGCGCUGGCUGAGGUGGUUAAGGAAUCGCAGGAGCCGGUCUCUACGGAGUACUCGACCUCUCAGUCCACACUUGACAAGCGCUUCGAGGACAUGAUCAAGGCGUCUACUGAAGACAUGCAGGAGCAAGGCUUUUCGGCCGACCAAGUCCGCCACGAUUUGUAUCUUAACCUGCGCUACGAGGGUUCAGAUACCAGCCUAAUGAUCCUAAAGCCUGAGGAUAACUCCGAUUUCCUCGAGCAGUUCCGUGCCAGGCACCGCAGAGAAUUCGGAUUCAACUCUGACAGAUCGGUUCUAGUUGAUGAUAUUCGUGUUCGCACAAUUGCCUCUUCAAAGGUUCGGACGGAGAAGAGCCCCCUCGUACAGCUGAGGGAGGCUACCCUGAAGGAUGUCAGUGGAGGUCCGGACAACACCUCGAAAGCAUACUUUGACGGGUACACUGAGCGGAUCGAUACACCUGUGUAUCUAUUGAACAAGCUCGAGAAGAAUAGUCGUGUGCACGGCCCUGCCGUCAUCAUCGACGAGACACAAACCGUCGUGGUUGCUCCGAAUGCCGUCGCUAGUAUUCUGGAGACCUGCAUAGUCAUCGACCUCGAGGAGCUCCCUCAUGUCAAUGGUGUUGAGGGUGGUUCCUCGGGUAUUGACCCCAUCCGGCUCAGUAUCUUCGGCCAUCGGUUCAUGUCUAUUGCCGAACAGAUGGGCCGCACGCUCCAGAAAACUUCUGUCUCUACUAACAUCAAGGAGCGUCUUGACUUUUCUUGCGCUCUAUUCUCUCCUGAUGGCGGUCUUGUUGCUAACGCGCCGCACGUUCCGGUGCAUCUUGGAUCCAUGCAAUUUGCGGUCCGCUACCAGCACCAGAAGUGGCUCGGUAAUCUGCGUGACGGUGAUGUGUUAGUCGCAAACCACCCUAGUAGUGGUGGUACACAUUUGCCUGACAUCACUGUCAUCACACCUGUCUUCGACCGACCGGGUGGCACCGAGAUCAUGUUCUACGUGGCUUCCCGUGGCCACCACGCGGACAUUGGCGGUAUCCUCCCUGGUUCAAUGCCACCGAAGUCGACUGAGCUCUGGCAGGAGGGUGCUGCAAUUGAGGGAGACAAAAUUGUCAGCAAUGGUGUCUUUGAUGAGGAGCGUAUGAUGGAGCUGUUGGUCCACAAGCCGGCUCAGUACCCAGGCUGCUCCGGAGCUAGAUGCGUCAGCGAUAACCUGUCUGACCUGAAAGCACAAAUUGCAGCCAAUACCCGCGGUAUCUCGCUGAUCCAAGCGUUGUUUGCGGAAUACGGCGUUGAGACGGUUCAAAAGUACAUGUAUGCCAUUCAGGCUACAGCUGAGACAGCAGUUCGCAACCUUCUCAAAGAUCUGCACAAGAAGUUCGGCGGUCAACCAUUGGAGGCAGUAGACUAUAUGGAUGACGGCACACCCAUUAAGCUGAAGGUCACUAUUAACGGCGAGGAUGGUUCCGCUCUAUUCGACUUUGACGGUACUGGCCCGGAGGUAUACGGUGGAUGGAACGCACCCAUCGCCAUCACUCACUCAGCCAUCAUCUACUGCUUGCGCUGCAUGAUCAACGCAGACAUGCCCCUCAACCAAGGAUGCUUGGCACCUAUCGACAUCCAAGUUCCCUCCCCUAGCAUCCUCUCACCCACCAAGUCCGCCGCCGUGGUCGGUGGAAACGUGGUAACCUCUCAACGCAUCACCGACGUCGUGCUGAAAGCCUUCCGCGCCUGUGCCGCUUCCCAAGGAUGCUGCAACAACCUGACCUUCGGCACCAACUCCAAGCGCGACCCCAAAACCGGCGAGACUAUCCCUGGUUUCGGCUACUACGAGACCAUCGCCGGAGGCAGCGGUGCUGGUCCCACUUGGAGCGGAGAGUCCGGUAUCCACGUACACAUGACCAACACGCGUAUCACCGACCCGGAGAUUCUAGAGAAGCGCUACCCAACGCUGCUCCGACAGUUCACUCUUCGGGAGGGAUCCGGUGGCAAGGGAAAGAACCCUGGUGGUGACGGUGUGGUUAGAGACAUCGAGUUCCUCUCGCCAAUGGAAGUGUCUAUUCUUUCUGAGAGGCGUGUAUACCGCCCGUACGGACUCGAGGGCGGCGAGGACGCACAGCCCGGAAUGAACCUCUGGGUUACGAAGGAUGUGGACACGGGCGUGGAGCGCGUCGUAAACAUUGGAGGAAAGAACACGGUGUCUAUGAAGACGCAUGAUCGCAUUGUAAUCAACACUGCUGGUGGAGGUGGAUGGGGAGCUGUAUCUGCAUGA